AUGGAAGCUAUUUUCAAAAUUGCACUGGACAAUCAACAUGAUGUUUCAAUACUAUCAGCUUUUGGAUGUGGUGCAUUCCAAAAUCCGCCUAAACAUAUUGCGCAGCUAUUUCAUGAAGUGAUUAAAACAAAAUAUAAAAAAUCAUUUAAAUAUAUAGUUUUUGCUAUUAUUGAUGAUCACAAUGCUAAGAAAAACCAUAAUCCAACUGGUAAUGUUCAACCAUUUGCUGAAAUAUUUCAAGUGAAUAUUCUGUCCAUCGAUGAACUUCGAGAACAACUUCGAAAUACAGAAUUUUGA